AUGCGCAAUGUUGGCACUGGAAGUGGUGAGGCCUCAUAUCAGCAGCACCUUGGAAUAUUUGAAACCCUUUCGCAACGUUUGCAGUCUCGAACUUUUGAACCGGAGUUAAACAAAAGUCUUGGGGCAAUCACUGCCACUAUUGUAAGAUUCGAGGAACGUUACGAGAAUACGUCUGCCGAAGAGCUCCGCGAUCGUAUCCAACCAUUAAUCAAGAUAUUUGUCGAACUCCACAUGGGAAUUGGCAUCAACCAGUCUGUUGUGCGAAGUCACAAUUACACAGUAUUGGAUUUUGCUCAACAGUUCGUGGGACUUCCCGCAGGACUUUGUCCUAUGAUGAAGGAUCUCGAUCACAGCUGCGGUCUGAUCAAGGAAAUUAAAGCGCAGUUCAAACAAGCCGGGAAUCAUUACGGUGAAGUGCCAACAGCUCGAUAUCCAAACAUGCAACCCCCGCAGGCCCAGCAACAAACACGGGCGUCGACGAACAAUUGGCUGCGGGACAGUGUACAAACACAACUUGCUGCGCGGGAGAAAGGCGAUCAUCAACAUUUUUGCUCAAACUCCGGGGGUUGUAAAAGGGAGCUCAGUGUGGACACGGAGUGGAGUAGAAUUAGCACUCCGGGCAGAGAAGAAUCUGUGGCGAGUGAUUGGACAGAUAUCGGGAGUCCAAAGAGACUCAAGAAGGAAGGUGUUGAGACAUGUGAAAUAAGUCGAGACCUUCCCAUUCGGACUGCUGCUGUAGGGAAACCUGCAAAUGUGGAAGAGUGGAUGGAUUUUGGACUCGCGAACUGA